AUGCUGCCCUUCAUAAAUAAACCUUUCGAAUUACUAGCUGGAGCUGUUGGGGCUUCUCCAGAUGAGUUGAAGCUUAUCUUCUCGUUCUUGCUCUCCUACCCUCUUGCAGGCCUUUUGAAACGAAUUCCCGAUGGACGCCCAGACUACAAGAACUUGUUCAUUAUCAGUGGUGGUCUCUUUUACCUUGUUGGGCUAUACUCGCUAUGGGCCGGCGUCCGAACACUACUUAUAUCCUCAGCGGUGACAUACGGGCUUGCCUCCUACCUGCGAACGUCUCCAUACAUGCCAUGGAUCGCUUUUGUCUUUCUGAUGGGCCAUAUGGCUGUUAAUCAGCUCUCUCGUCAAUUCGCCAACAACCCAUCCGCUGUUGACAUCACCGGAGCGCAGAUGGUCCUGGUGAUGAAGCUGUCCGCGUUCGCUUGGAACGUCUUUGAUGGUACCCUACCUGAGGACCAGCUCAGCGAUCAUCAAAAAGACCGACGAAUCAUCGAACUCCCUGGGUUCUUAGAUUACGCAGGCUAUGUGCUGUUCUUUCCCUCUCUAUUUGCUGGGCCGGCGUUUGACUACAAUGAAUAUCGAGGCUGGAUUGACUGCUCCAUGUUCGAUGCGCCUGCAACGGUAGACCCUGCGAAAAAGGCCCCAACUCGGAAGAAACGCAAAAUCCCAAGGAGCGGCACUCCGGCUACAUGGAAGAUGAUAUGUGGGCUGCUGUGGAUCCUGAUAUUCAUGAAUUUGGGCAAGUGGUAUAGCCCAGAUGUUCUCUUCUCCGACCGCUAUAUGACGUACAGCUUCCUUCGUCGUGUAUUUAUCCUUCACAUGGUUGGCUUCACAGCACGUACGAAGUACUAUGGCGUGUGGUUUCUGGCAGAAGGUUCGUGUAUCCUCGCUGGACUGGGCUACAACGGCAUCGACCCCACCACAGGAAGGGUAUCUUGGAACCGUUUGCAAAACAUCAACCCUUGGGGAGUGGAAUCUGCCCAGAACAGCCGGGCGUACCUUGAGAAUUGGAACAUGAACACUAAUAAAUGGCUGCGAUAUUAUAUUUAUCUGCGCGUUACGCCUCGGAAUAGGAAGCCUGGUUUCCGCGCAAGUAUGGCUACGUUCGUUACCAGCGCUUUUUGGCAUGGGUUCUACCCCGGAUACUAUCUUGCCUUUGUCCUCGCAAGCUUUGUACAAACUGCUGCAAAACAUUACCGUCGCAAUAUACGCCCUUUCUUCCUUGAUCCCACAACACAGAAGCCCUUGCCAAGCAAAAAGUACUACGACUUUGCCUCUUGGCUCGCUACUCAGACCACCUUCUCUUUCGUUGUCGCACCCUUCAUCAUUCUCGGGCUGAAAGAAUCUAUCCAAGUAUGGUCCCGUGUCAACUUUUAUGCUGUCAUCACAACGUUUGCUACUCUGGGCUUCUUUGCCUCUCCCGCUAAAGUGCACCUGCGGAAGAUGCUUGAGGAGAAGUCAGGCACAUCCACAGCAGGUCGUUUGACCCGCACGGCUAGCACAGAGAGUAUAAAUGGGACCCGACCGGAGCCAGUUCUCGGUCUUAGCGCCGACCCCGGUAAGGACAUCAACGAAGCUAUAGGAGAGAUCCACGCCGAAAUUGAAAAGGCAAAGCAGGACCUUAAUCAAAGAGCUCCUCAGAAGAAGAAAGCGAAAUGA